CCACGACGCCAUUUCCUACUACGACUUCCAUCAUGCUCCGCGCCGCUCCGGGGGCGGUGACCCCUCUUGGCCCACGUCCUGUCUGUGACGCACUUCCUGUCAGUGACGCACUUCUGCUCUACUGGGCGCGCGGUGGACGGUCUGAAACGGAGUGCUUGGAUUUCGCUAGGGCCUGGCGGCUCCAGAGCCCAGUAUGGCUUCCUCGCGAGCCUCCUCCACGGCAACCAAAACUAAAGCACCCGAUGACUUAGUUGCUCCGGUCGUGAAGAAACCACACAUCUAUUAUGGAAGUUUGGAAGAGAAGGAGAGGGAGCGUCUGGCCAAAGGAGAGUCUGGGAUUUUGGGGAAAGAAGGACUUAAAGCAGGGAUCGAAGCUGGAAAUAUUAAUAUAACCUCUGGAGAAGUGUUUGAAAUUGAAGAGCAUAUCAGCGAGCGACAGGCAGAAGUAUUGGCUGAGUUUGAGAGAAGGAAGCGAGCCCGGCAGAUCAAUGUUUCCACAGAUGACUCAGAGGUCAAAGCUUGCCUUAGAGCCUUGGGGGAACCCAUCACACUUUUUGGAGAGGGUCCUGCUGAAAGAAGAGAAAGGUUAAGAAACAUCCUCUCAGUCGUCGGUACUGAUGCCUUGAAAAAGACCAAAAAAGAUGAUGAGAAGUCUAAGAAGUCCAAAGAAGAGUAUCAGCAAACCUGGUAUCAUGAAGGACCAAAUAGCUUGAAGGUGGCAAGACUAUGGAUUGCUAAUUAUUCGUUGCCCAGGGCAAUGAAACGCUUGGAAGAGGCCCGACUCCAUAAGGAGAUUCCUGAGACAACAAGGACCUCCCAGAUGCAAGAGCUGCACAAGUCUCUCCGGUCUUUGAAUAAUUUUUGCAGUCAGAUUGGGGAUGAUCGGCCUAUCUCCUACUGUCACUUUAGUCCCAAUUCCAAGAUGCUGGCCACAGCUUGUUGGAGUGGGCUUUGCAAGCUCUGGUCUGUUCCUGAUUGCAACCUCCUUCACACUCUUCGAGGGCAUAACACAAAUGUAGGAGCAAUUGUAUUCCAUCCCAAAUCUACUGUCUCCUUGGACCAAAAAGAUGUCAACCUGGCCUCUUGUGCGGCUGAUGGCUCUGUGAAGCUUUGGAGUCUGGACAGUGAUGAACCAGUGGCAGAUAUUGAAGGCCAUACAGUGCGUGUGGCCCGGGUAAUGUGGCAUCCAUCAGGACGUUUCCUGGGCACCACCUGCUAUGACCGUUCAUGGCGCUUAUGGGAUUUGGAGGCUCAAGAAGAGAUCCUGCAUCAGGAAGGCCACAGCAUGGGUGUGUAUGACAUUGCCUUCCAUCAAGAUGGCUCUUUGGCUGGCACUGGGGGACUGGAUGCAUUUGGUCGAGUUUGGGACCUACGCACAGGACGUUGUAUCAUGUUCUUAGAAGGCCACCUGAAAGAAAUCUAUGGAAUAAAUUUCUCCCCCAAUGGCUAUCACAUUGCAACCGGCAGUGGUGACAACACCUGCAAAGUGUGGGACCUUCGACAGCGGCGUUGCGUCUACACCAUCCCUGCUCAUCAGAACUUAGUGACUGGCGUCAAGUUUGAGCCUAUCCAUGGGAACUUCUUGCUUACUGGUGCCUAUGAUAACACAGCCAAGAUCUGGACGCACCCAGGCUGGUCCCCGCUGAAGACUCUGGCUGGCCAUGAAGGCAAAGUGAUGGGCCUAGAUAUUUCUUCCGAUGGGCAGCUCAUAGCCACUUGCUCAUAUGACAGGACCUUCAAGCUCUGGAUGGCUGAAUAGAUGACAAUGGAAAAAGGACUUGAACCUCAAGCUCUCUCUAAGGAGCCGUUUUCCGCAAAAGAGAAGAAUUGAAGUGUUUAGUUCUAUCAUGUUUUCUGCAAUUACGAUGCGUAGACCCUCAGUAGAAUUGGACUUCAUGUCAGCCCCCACUCCAGGCAGGCAGCCCAAUCCCUAGGUGAUGGUGAGCCCCUCUCAUGGUUGAAAAUUUAUUACUUUUUUACGCCCUGCCACGAACUGUGUAGACAUUGUUUUUAUUAAUCUUUUGUUUGGCCAGGCAUGGUGGCUCACGCCUGUAAUCCUAGCACUUUGGGAGGCCGAGGUGGGUAGAUCGCUUGAGCUCAGGAGUUCAAGACUAGCCUGGGCAACAUGGCAAAUGCUGUCUCUACAAAAAAAUACUAAAAUUAGCUGGUCGCAGUGGCUUGUGCCUGUGAUUCCGGCUACUUGGGAGGCUGCGGUGGGAGGGAUGCUUAAGCCUGGGAGGCGGAGGUUGCAGUGAGCCGAGAUUGCACCAUUGCACUCUAGCCUGUGUGACAGAGCAAGACCCUGUCUCAAAAAAAAAAAAAAAAAUUUGUUCGAAUGCCUUAUAGCCUUCCUCGCAGCACCCAGGAUUGUGACUGACUCUGCAUUUUUAAUUCUUGAAACUUGGCUUUCCAUAACAUGGUACAUGCUUCAGGACUACAUGUGACCCAGAGAGCAAGGUGGCUGAACUAUAGUCUGGAAGCCCUCAGGUAAAGAGGCACAUCUCACCACUCAUUGGUUAAACAGUGCAUCAUAGGGAGCACUUUUCCUUUCCCUGGAGAAUGGGAUAUGAAGCAGUAGACCGCAGCCACGCCGAUGGUCAUGCAGUGAAGAAGAUUUCACCUCUUCCUGUUGAGUUUGCUUGGAAUGCUGACUGCAUCAGGCAACUCUGAACUGAACAUUUGCUUUGUCAGAAAAUAUCUUUUAUUUUACUUUGAAAUUUGGCAACGUUCAUGUUACCCCAAAGCAAAACCAUUGUGUCAGGAGUCAAACAAAUGUUUAGAAAGCAAACAUGUCUCUAUUGUACAACCUCCUUUCUGUUGGCUAUUUAAAGGAUGUACUUCGUGUAUUAAAGGGUACUUUAACGAAAAAAACCCUAAUGGGUAUUCCUAAACCUAAACCUUUUCUUUAUUCCACAUUUGCUACGGUAAAAUCCUGUUACAAAACUACCCUGUAAAGAAUUAUUUUCUAUAGUUAAGCAUUUUUUGAAUC